UCAUUCAGCUCUGAUUGGGUGGAGAUCCUGGAGCCACGCUCCCGUGAACGCAUGUAUGUGAACUUGACCACUGGUGAAUGCGGCUGGGAUCCUCCCCCAGGCGCUCCCGUUCGCCAGGCAGAUGGUAACCAGUGGUGGGAGCUCUUUGACCCCCAAAGUGGCCGCUUCUACUACUACAACUCUACGGGUCGCAGAACUGUCUGGCAUCGGCCACAAGGAGCAGAUAUAGUGCCCCUCUCCCAGCUUCAGGCUAUGAAGCGCUGUAGUGAGGCCAAGCGGGCGGCAGCGGGUGUGGAGAGCCACCAGCAAGGGACUACAGGGAGUCUCAGCAGUGUGGGGAGCCAGAGCCCGUGCAUCUCCUUGCCUGAGCAAGAUGGAGACUGUCCUGAGACGACUGAGGUAGCUACCAAACCGGAGCUGGACCCAGCAGUGGAUGUCAGAUCACAGGCAGACGGAUGCAGCAAUGAACUCAAAGAACCACAGAGGGAUGCCCCUCAAAGAUGGCAGCCUGCACCUGGUUCUAAGGCAGCAAUGUUGGUAAAGGUGAACAGCAUGAGUCGGAGCCAGCCUUGUCCAGCCCCACAGCAGCAACUCAUCCAGCACAGUGCACUCAACAAAGCCAACACCUUCACGCAACACCCGUCCAACAAUAAAGUCCAAGGAGGAUGCUUAGGCUCCACCCAGGGAUAUAAAACUGCCCCUUCUGGCAAAACAACAGCUGACCCGCGUCAGGCCCAUCACCUGAGAAAAGCUAGUAAUGGCAGCUUUUGUUUAGUGACAUCAGACAGUAGUCAACCCAGUCCACUUCUUCUUAGGUCUCAGACCAGCACACCACGCCCAAACUCCCCCCAGUAUGCUUGCAGUGCCCCAAUCUAUGAUGAGCCAGUUACAGACUGUCCCAUUUAUGAUGAACCCCCAAUAGACAUGGAGGUCGAAGGAGCACACUUUUUCAAUGGGCAACAACUGUCUCGUUUCACUCCCUCCCAUAGUCUCCAGAAACCAAAACUUCUCCAGCACUCUGGUCCAUCUCUUCCAAGUUCCAGACACAAGAGAAAUCCUUCUGCUUCUGAUUAUAGCCCAGCAGGUCUAGAGUGCAUCAAGCAUAUGAUCAAUGUAGACCCCAAACAGCACCUAUCUGGCUCCCCUGUACCUACACGCACCCCCUCUCCUACAUCUCGGCAGGAUAUUGUCACAAUCCAGCCUAAUUCGCAGGCUCACUCUUUGCCGCAAGUUCAAAGCCAGCUGCGAGACAGAGAAACGGGGACCCCAGGCCCAAGUUCACUGGAUAAGAAGCAGAAUUGGAGAGCCCUGGAGGCCACAGUACAGCGUGCUAUCGAUACACGACACAGUAGGCAGAGCAGCCAAGUUUCACAAGACUUCCCCUCCUCGACACCUCAGGCAACCGCAAACUAUCAGGACUCUGGCUACUCCACUGGGCCCUCUCCGAGUCUGAGGAGAAAGAGUAGGAGAAGGAUGGGAGCCAAUGGAGGAGCAGGAGGUAGGCCUGGAUCAGUAGGGAGUAGUGGAGAGCUGUGUGCCCUCAAUGAGAGACUGAUGGCUGAGAUGAGGGAAGUUGUAAGUCGCUCAAACACCAUGAGGGAAAUGAGGGUGGGACCGGAACAGGAGGUAGGCGAGAGGGUGGUCGUAUCCCGGACACGCUCCCCCGUAGAGUCACUAAGAUGGUACGGAGGAGGAGCUGGGGUAUCCACCGGUAGAUACUCUUCCCGAGAGGACAUCAGUGGGGCUUCGCAUUCACUGAGUAAGACGGGAAAUGCUGCUCUGACCCCUCUUGAGAUACCAGGGAGACAGAAAAGGACAUAUGAAAAAGUUGAUACCUUGGAGAUGAGCAUCAAUAGCCAGGCCAGCCUAUCUUCACCUGAGACUCCCGCACCACCCUCCCAGGUGAGCACCCUUGAACUACAGGCUCAGCUGAAAGGCCGAAAGAAAGACAUGGUGGAUGGACGCAGUGCAUCCCUCGGCCCGCACCGGCCUACCAACCAUGACAACAGAGAGGGCUCUGAAGGGGCCAAAGGGGCGGAAUCGUCUUACCAGUUCUCCUACGCCACUUUACGGCAGCCACCGCCUUCAGACAUAGCCAUGGAGGACUGGGCCAGUAAGCACCUCAACAUGCACACACAAGGCCUAUUCCGGCGCCGCGUCUCCAUCGCCAACAUGUUGUCUUGGAACCGAGGCUCCAUUAAAAAGCCAAUGCUUGUCACAAGUAACCGUGCUGUCAGGAAGGAGGCUUGCGAGAUGUUCAAGCUAGUGCAGGCCUUCAUGGGAGACAGACCUUCGCGUCUGGAUCGCCGUCACUGUGCUCUACUCAUUGUCACCAAGUGCUGGGACAUGCAAGGCCUGCGGGAUGAGCUGUACGUGCAGCUAGUGAGGCAGACUACGGGAAAUGCAAGCCCCAGAAGCUUGGCUGCAGGUUGGGAACUGAUGGCAAUCAGCUUGGCCUUUUUUGCCCCGUCACCAAAGUUCCGCUGUUACCUGGAGGGCUAUAUCCAGAGACACACGGAGCCCACCAGCGACAAGAAAUGUGAGUCUCAGACUGAGCAACAGGUGACUCAGUUCAUAUUGGAACAGCAGGACCUGAAAUUAAAGAAGAACUCCAAGUCAAGGAAAAAGCGGAAACAAAAUACAGAUGAGGAAGAAGGCCUGCCUGUCAGCACAUAUGCCAAGUUCUGCCAUCGGAAGUUGCAAAAGGUGGCCAUCACAGGAGGGAAAAAGGGGCUACGUAAGCCCACCUUGGAAGAGGUCGAUCACAGUCGACGGGCCAUCAUCACUCCCUCCCUGUUUGGUAGCUCCUUGGAGGAAGUCAUGGAGCGACAGAGCGAGCUCUUUCCAGACAGGAAAUUACCCUGGGUGCAAGUUCAACUUUCCCAGUAUGUUCUGGCUCUGGGCGGGGCUCAGACAGAGGGCAUCUUCAGAGUGCCGGGAGACAUUGAUGAAGUCAAUGCAUUGAAGCUUCAAGUUGACCAGUGGCGGAUCCCUGAGAACUUGUCGGACCCAAAUGUUCCUGCCUCUCUGAUGAAACUCUGGUAUCGUGAGCUGGAGGAGCCACUUAUCCCGAUGAACUUCUAUAAACAGUGUGUCAACAACUGCGACGACCCAGUUGCAGCCAUCGCUGUGGUUCAGUCUUUGCCUGAUCUCAACAGGCUGGUGCUCUUCUACUUCAUCCACUUCUUGCAGGUGUUUGCUCAGCCAUCUAAUGUAGCCAUCACCAAGAUGGAUGUGAACAACCUGGCCAUGGUGAUGGCUCCAAACUGCCUCCGGUGCCAAUCAGACGACCCACGGAUUAUCUUUGAGAACACUCGUAAAGAGAUGUCCUUCCUGCGAAUGCUCAUAGUUCACCUGGACACUAGUUUCAUCGAAGGAGUGGUGUAG